UUACUCAUCCAGGAAGGAUAGAUCUGCUUUUCUCCGAAUAGAAGUUACAGAGAACUGUAAAAGCUGAAUCUUGAAAUUGUGCUCGCAGAAUCGUAAUGUACCUUUUAGAUUUUCUCAGUAGUACCCAAAAUCCCCAUUUGUAUAUAUACGUAUACAUAUGUAUAUAGUUGUUAUCAGAGAAUAGAAUAAAGAAAGAUAUUGGAAUUGGGUUUUGUUGGGUAUUGAAUUCAAUUCAUCCACAAUGGAAGGGUUUAGUGCGGAAGAUCUGUCGACAAUCGGAGGAAUCGCCACCGUAUCGCUGCUGCAUUCUUUCAUUCCCACCCACUGGCUUCCCUUCUCUAUCGUCGGCCGUGCCCAGAAAUGGACCCUCUCCCGAACCCUUUUCGUCACCGCAUUUGGAGCUGUUUUGCAUGUGUUAUCCACUUCGCUUCUGGGUAUUACGGCAAUCACCAUAUCAAAUACCAUUGCUGGCGAGGAAACUGUGCAUAAACUGGCUUCAUUGUUGCUUGUAAUUCUUGGUGGUAGUUAUAUUUUGCUGUUCGUAGCUGGAAAGGGUGGCCAUAGCCAUUCCCACAACCAACCAAUGGAGAAAAUGGCUGUGGCUGGGCUUGUUCUGGUUCCUGCGUUAUCUCCUUGUGCCACCACUCUUCCGGUGUUUCUUGCUGUUGGGAACUCAUCCUCCAUGAUGGUGCUUGCUAUCAUAGUGCUGUUAUUCAGUACCAUAACCGUAAUGACGUCGCUGGUGGCUCUCUCAUUCUAUGGCGCAAGCCAAAUCAAGUUUCAUUGGGUGGAGCGCUAUGACAAGCUUCUUGUGGGCUCAGUGCUGUGUUUGGUUGGAAUUUUGACCCUUCUUUUUCAUGAUCACGAAGGACACGGACACGGACACGAGAGUUCUACCACCGGAGAGCAUUUGCACAGGAAACUCAUUGCUCUAUGAAGGGUAUGCUUAUGAAUCAUGUAUUAAAGUUUGCAUUUGGCGUGGUUACUAUUUACAGUGCUUGUUUGUCGGGAUCGUGGAAGUAGAUUGGUUGUACUAACUUUCAAGGCAUUUUGCCAUUAAUGAAGCAAUGAGAAUGUCUUGUGUUGGAUGUUUGAUGAUGA